AUGGCUCCGCCUACAGCGACCUUCGACCACCUUCGCGAGGCCGACCUUGACGACGAUGAAUUUGAUGACGAGGAGGUAGACGUCUCCGACCUGCGCGAGAAGUACGAGGUUGCCCUUGACCAGGGCUAUGAUCACUUCGUUGUCGUCGACGGCCUGCCUGAGGUCACUGAGGAGCAGAAGCCGAAGCUCGUCAAGUUCCUUCAAAAGAAGCUGAACUCGGUCGGCAAGACACGCGAGGACCAGAUCUACAUGCCUAUCGGUGAUGAUGGAAAGUCUCUGAGGUUCGCUUUCGUCGAGUAUUCUUCAGCUGCUGAGGCUGGCGCUGCUGUGCGCCAGCUGGACAUGGUUCCCCUCGACAAGAAGCACACCCUGCGCGUCAACAAACUGACCGAUGUCGAGCGAUACGGCCGUGAGGGCAGGAUUGACGAGGAAUACCAGCCUCCCAACAUCGAGCCUUUCGAGGAGAAGGAGCAUCUGCGCUCCUUCUUGGCUGAUCCCGCCGACCGCGGCCGCGAUCAGUUCGUCAUGCACCGGGGCGAUACCGUUGGCGUUUUCUGGAACAACGACAAGGACGUCCCUGAGAACAUCGUUGACCGUCAGUUCUGGACUGAGACCUUUGUGCAGUGGUCCCCGCUCGGCACCUAUCUCAUCAGCGUUCACGCACAGGGAGUCCAGCUGUGGGCUGGUGCUAGUUGGUCCAGGCACCGCAGAUUUGGUCACCCGUUUGUCAACCUGGUUGCCUUUUCGCCCAACGAGAACUACCUGGUCACCUGGUCCAACCGUCCCAUCGCCAUUGGCGAUGACGCGCACCCGCAGCUGACCCGCGACGAUGACGGCAAGAACUACGUCGUCUGGGAUAUCGCCACUGGCAAGCCUCUGCGGUCCUUUGCUAAUCUCGACGCACCUGCUGGCCCCGAGGGUGGCCCUGUCAAGCCUCCCAGACAGCCCUGGCCCGCGUUCAAAUGGUCAGCGGAUGACAAGUACGUUGCCCGUAUGACUCAGGGUCAGUCAAUCUCCGUCUACACCCUGCCGAGUAUGGGACUGUUGGACAAGACCACCAUCAAGAUCGAGGGUGUGAUGGACUUUGACUGGGCCCCCACCACCCCAAAGCGCGACGGUGUCAAGAACUACGAGCAGCUGUUCUGCUACUGGACCCCCGAGAUUGGCAGCAACCCUGCCAAGGUUGGCCUGAUGAGCAUCCCUUCGAAAGAGGUCAUUCGGUCCCUUAAUCUGUUCAGCGUCUCUGACGCCAAGCUUCACUGGCAGUCCGAUGGUGCCUAUAUCUGCGUCAAGGUUGAUAGGCACUCUAAGUCUAAGAAGUCCCAGGCUACCACCCUGGAGAUCUUCCGCGUCAAGGAGAAGGGCGUGCCUGUCGAGGUUGUUGACACCAUCAAGGAUACCGUGAUCAACUUUGCCUGGGAGCCCAAGGGAGACCGGUUUGUUAUCAUCACGGCCCCUGAGCCACCAGGGGCCACGGCCGUUGCUCCCAAGACCAACGUCGCCUUCUUCUGCCCAGAGAAGGCCAAGGGCAACGCCAUCGGCAAUUUCAGGCAUCUGCGGACCCUGGAGAAGAAGAACAGCAAUGCUAUCUACUGGUCGCCACGAGGACGAUUCGUGGUCGUGGCAACUGUGCACAACCAGCAGAGCUCCGAGCUCGAGUUCUACGACCUGGACUUUGAGGGCGAGAAGCCUGAGGCUGAGAAGGACCUGACGGCCAACCUGCAGCUCAUGAACAUUGCGGAUCACUACGGUGUCACAGAUGUGGAAUGGGAUCCUUCGGGGCGGUAUGUCGCGUCUUGGGCGUCUGCAUGGAAACACUCUAUGGAGAAUGGAUACCACAUCUAUGAUUUCAGGGGCGAGUUGCUGCGUGAGGACCACCUGGAGAAGUUUAAGCAAUGGUCAUGGCGGCCCCGACCGGCAACACUUCUCACCAAGGAGGAGCAAAAGCAGAUCCGCAAGAACCUGCGCGAAUACUCCCGUGUGUUUGAGGAGGAGGAUGCUCAGCGCAUCACCGGCGCAAACCAGGAGGUGAUCGAGCGGAGACGGGAGAAGCUGCGGGAGUGGCUCGAGUUCCGCGAGUCGGUGGAGGCGGAGGCGGCGGAGGAGCGCGAGGCGCUGGGCCUGCCCGCGGACCCGGCGGAGGAGCUGCGCAGGGCCAAGAUGGAGGAGCUGGCGCCGGGCGAGGAGGAACAGGUGAUCGAGGAGAUUGUGGAAGAGGUAAUCGAGGAGAGCGAGGAGGUUGUCAGCACCUAG